AACAGAUUUUAUGCACGCAUAUUGGACACAAGUGUUACAUAAAGUUUUAAAGUGAAAAUAGAAAGUAAGAGUCAUUAAUUAUCGCGGUAUAGGAAUUAAAAUAUUUACAAUCAAAGCUUUUUAUAUAAGAAUGAUUAAUCGUGCUCGUUUAGGACUUGGAAAACAAAUAUGUUUUCGAAAUGUAUUGCAACAGACAAAACGACGUUGUAGUAGUGUAAACACUAGCACUGAAGUAAAUACUAUGAUCGAUACAAAGGAACCUAGUUAUAUAGGGAUACAAACUAAUUUUACAGAUGAACUAAAAUUUAUCAAUAAUGAAAACUAUGAUCCUCUGCCAAUAUUUAGGAUUUUAAACUCAUCUAAAUCUGUACAGUUACCUAAGUUAGAUGAACAAAUUUUGAUCAGAAUGUACCAUAAAAUGCUUACUUUGAACAUAAUGGAUAAAAUCCUCUACGAAUCUCAAAGGCAAGGGCGUAUAUCAUUUUAUAUGACUAAUACCGGCGAAGAAGCAAUACAAAUUGGUUCUGCGGCUGCUAUUACAUUGGAAGAUAUUAUAUAUGCACAGUAUCGUGAAGCUGGUGUCUUAUUAUGGCGUGGUUAUUCUAUAGUAGAAUUUAUGAACCAGUGUUACGGUAAUUACAAAGAUAAUGCAAAAGGAAGACAAAUGCCUGUUCAUUAUGGUUCAAAAAAAUUAAACUUUGUCACUAUUUCUUCUCCUUUAACGACACAAUUACCUCAAGCUGUAGGUACGGCAUACGCACUCAAACGAUCAAAAAAAAAAGCAUGCGUUGCGUGUUAUUUUGGCGAAGGGGCAGCCAGCGAAGGAGAUGCUCAUGCAGCUUUUAAUUUUGCUGCAACUUUGGAAUGUCCAGUUAUUUUUAUAUGUCGGAAUAAUGGUUAUGCCAUCUCGACCCCUUCUCUGGAACAAUUUAAAGGAGAUGGUAUUGCUGUAAGAGGACCAGCUUAUGGCAUAAGUACAAUUCGCGUAGAUGGUAAUGAUAUUCUUGCUAUGUAUUAUGCAACAAAAGCUGCGCAUGAAUUUUGUAUCAAAGAAGGAAAACCUGUUUUGAUCGAAGCUAUGAGUUACCGAAUUGGACACCACAGUACUUCUGACGAUAGCACAGCGUAUCGGUCGGUCAACGAAAUUGGUCGUUGGAAUCGGUACACACCAAUAAUACGGUUUCGUGAAUAUUUGGAAUCAGUCGGUCUUUGGUGCAACCGGCAAGAACAAGAGUCAAAAGAAUCCAUAAAACGAUCCAUAUUACUUGCAUUUGCAGAUGCAGAAAAACGACUUAAACCAUGUUGGAAAGAAUUAUUCACGGAUGUAUAUUGUAAAAUGCCAAAGCAUAUACGAAAGCAAUCGUGUUCUAUGGAAAAACAUGUUACAGAGUUUCGAGAACAUUAUCCAUUACAUCUUUUCAAAUCAACUUAACGAUCUGCAAUAGCAAUAAUAAUCACAUCAAUUAAUUUUACCGGUCUAUGUUAAUGUUAUGCAUAUUUUUUAUCAUUU